CGUUGACAUUGAGGCGUGCAGCAGGAUGCCCUUCCCAGUUCAGUUCCCACAUGAUUGGCGCGUGGGAGGUGUGGUGAUCGAUCGCCAUGCGCGGAUUUUCUAAAGAAAUCAAGGAGCCGUAUAAUAAAACGGGCUUGAGCUUGACAAUAAUGCAAGCCAAAACACCAAAGGCCUUUGGAGUAUCUCCCAAAUUCUCGGGCAUGCUAAGGACGAAGCAGGCGCAGUUGGCCGGCCGGCUCUCGGCCGGUCACGUAACUGGCGGCGACGACGACGACACCCACGGCUUCGCUGCCGCGGCGGUUCGGCGCCACCUUUCCUUCCGCCGACCCAACCAAACGCACUACUCCCUCCGCCUCCGCCUCCGCUCCUCAUCCCCCACUCCGCACCACUCCCUCCGCCCCCUGCUUGCUCGCACUCGCAGUCGCAGUCACAGCGCUUCCCCGCACAACCGGAUGGCGGAGGUCUCGACCUCCACCGACGACGGCGGCGGCGGCAUUGCCACCAUCCUCGCCGCCGCGGACAGGGACUUCCUGCUCCGCAACUCUGCCGACCAGAUAUCUGGAACAAUGAAAGAGCAAUGAUCAAAGCUGGAUUCGAUAAAGGGGGAGUGUUAUGAAACAACAGGGUGAUCUCAUCCAUAUAAAAGGAUGGAUCACAACCGAAGGCAACCGCGCCUCUUCCCAACCAUCGCGUCUCCGGUUGCCACCCCUUCCCCAUCUAUAUAUUGUACCGUAUUGAUCAAUAAAAGAUUCCGCUCAUUCAUUUCCUA